GAGUCCCGCCCCGCUGAGUCACCGCCCGCCGGGGGGCGGGGGCGGAGCACCGAGCCCCGCCGCGCCCCUCCGCACCGCACCGCUCCCGUCCGCCGCGGGCUCCGCUCCGCUCCCGCCGCCCCGGUCGCAGCCCGGCGCCGGCACAGGUGACGCUUUCUCCUCGGAGGCACCCAAAGUGGAGAGAGCCAUCCAUGAUGCAACUCUUCCUUCUGCUCCUUCUCUCCCUGCUCCCAGGGAUGUGGGAGAGCAGCCGCCAAGAAGAGGACUUCCGCUUCUGUGGUGAACGAAACCAAACUGAGAACAGCUCUGUCAUCUACGAGCAUGGCCCUGCCACCAUCUCCAUUGAGAACACGGCCCAGGCGCUGAUAAUAAAAAUGCCUUUUUCUCCAGACCGGAGAAACUCAUAUUACAAGUACAGCUUGCCUCCGACUUUGGGCAGGUACCGCUUCUGCGUCUACUGGUUCAAGCCCAACAAGACCCUCAAACUUGCUUACGGAAAGCAGAACUUUCUCCUGGGAAAAGACCUGUCUGGUAGCAUGCUCUGGGGCAAAGAAAAUCAGAAGACUGGAAAGAACAGCAGCGCUAUCUUGAAUGUGUCCUAUAUUUUGAAGGGCCAGAAGAACACCUGCCUUGACAGUUCAUCUGAUUACUUCUUCCGUGCCUCUCCAGAAAACAUGCCCGUCUGGGAGCAAGAUGUGGAAAAGGAGCUAACCGACUUGGACAGCCUCAUGGUGCAGGCCCCUGCGGCAGCUGCGGAUGUCCCUGUGCACAGGACCUUUCGCAACAAACUGCAGGAGUUUGAGAAGAAGCUGGCCAAGGUGGAGUUUGAAGGGCAGAACCGGACCUUUGGGCAGGCUGCCAUGCAUGCAACUGUCCUGAAGAUUGAACCUGGUCGAGCUCCUCAGGACGUGGCCUUUGCUUCCCAGAGAGAGGAGGGCAGAGAGGUCCAUGGGUUCACAGUGGACCUGCCAAGCAGCCUGUUCAUGAAGGUGAAGGACAGGGAGGAGGUGGCGGAGCACAGGGUGCUCCUCAUGGACAUCAACAGCCAGACCAUGUUCCAGGAUGAAAACAACAGUCGUGUCCUGGGUGGCAAGGUGGUUGGCAUCUCCCUGGUGGACACAGUAGUGGCCGACCUCUUCGACCCCGUGGUCCUCACUUUCUUUCACAACCAGCUGCCGAGGAAUGUGACCCCACUGUGUGUCUUCUGGCAGGAGGACACCACCACAAACUUCGGCAACUGGAAUAGCUACGGUUGUACAACAGUGAAGGGGGAUAUCCAGACAGACUGCAGAUGCAACCACCUCACCUACUUUGCUGUACUGAUGGUGUCCUCCCCGGAGAUCACCUAUAUACACAGGGAUUACUUGAGUAUCAUAACAUACAUUGGCUGUCUUAUCUCAGCUUUGGCAUCCCUUUGCACCAUCAUCUUCCUCUACUUCAGAAGCAAGCAACGAGACCAAAUCACAAGCAUGCACAUCCACAUGAACCUGCUGGGCGCCAUCUUCCUCCUGGACCUCAGCUUCCUCAUCUCAGAGCUCUUGGCUUCCACCAGCAGUGAGGCAAUCUGCAGAUUUGGGGGGCUGAUUCUGCACUUCUCUCUCCUGAGCUGCCUGACGUGGAUGGGCAUUGAGGGCUACAACCUCUACCGGCUUGUGAUCGAAGUCUUCAAUGCCUACCACAAUCACUUCCUCCUCAAGCUCUGCCUAGUGGGCUGGGGUCUCCCCUUCUUUUGCGUGAUGUUGAUCUUCUUUGCUAACUGGACGAACUAUGGCCCAUUCUCCAUUCCAGUGUAUGAAUCCAUCAGUGGCAAAUCCACCAGCGCAACCAUAUGCUGGAUCACAAGCCCUCUGAUCCACAACGUAGUGAACCUGGGUUUCUUCAGCCUGGUGUUCCUCUUUAACUCGGUCAUGUUGGGGGCCAUGGUCCGGGAGAUCCUCAGGCAGAACAAGAAAGGCCACAAGUUCAAGCAUGUCCUAGCCCUUUUUGGGCUGAGCGUCCUGCUGGGCAUCCCGUGGGCACUGGUCUUCUUUUCCUUCACCUCUGGCGUUUUCCGCCUUGUCUCCCUCUACAUCUUCACCAUCAUCAACUCUCUCCAAGGUUUUCUCAUCUUCCUCUGGUACUGGACGAUGGUGCUGCAGGCAAAAAAGUCCCCUGACUCCCAGAGCAGCUCUGACAGUAUGAACCUGCAGCCCAACAGCAGCUAAACCCACCCCGACUGAGCCCUAGUGCUGCCAGCGCCACGGGGCUCCCUUGCCAGCACGGCUCCAGGCUGGCCCAGGUCUCCCAGCAAGAAGGACGGCUGCGGGGAGGGAGCCGAAGCCGUCACGCUUUGCUACUGCACCUGCCCCACAUGGCUACUAGGAACGCAGAGAAACCCGCCCCGGGGUCUGGCCGCGCGGAGUCCAGCACAGUCCGUGGCUGCGCUCUCCUGUCCGCUUCCCGCUGCACCCGCGCACCCCGGCCACGGCAAGCACUGCCCCGUGCCCAGCGCCGCUCUGACAGUAUGAACCUGCAGCCCAACAGCAGCUAAACCCACCCCGACUGAGCCCUAGUGCUGCCAGCGCCACGGGGCUCCCUUGCCAGCACGGCUCCAGGCUGGCCCAGGUCUCCCAGCAAGGACGGCUGCGGGGAGGGAGCCGAAGCCGUCACGCUUUGCUACUGCACCUGCCCCACAUGGCUACUAGGAACGCAGAGAAACCCGCCCCGGGGUCUGGCCGCGCGGAGUCCAGCACAGUCCGUGGCUGCGCUCUCCUGUCCGCUUCCCGCUGCACCCGCGCACCCCGGCCACGGCAAGCACUGCCCCGUGCCCAGCGCCUGCUGAUGCUGCUUUGCCUCUCCUUCGCUCUGUGCCAUGGGUGCCGUGGCCUGGGCUCCUGCCAGGGCAGUGGUGCAGCCCUCGGCCGGGCAGCCCCCUCCCUGCGCCUGCGCGGGGCAGAGCCGUGGGGGGACAGGGCUGGCUGCUGGAUGGAAGGACGUGUGCGGCACAGGCCAGGCCCUCCUCGCUUGCGCUGGGAAGGAGGGCUGCGGCAACAGGCGGAGGACAGAGUCUCUGGUGCCUCCUGAGGUCUCCUCCGUCAUGCCCAGGCCUGUCCUCUGCUUUUGUCAUGGGGCAGCGGGUGGGAAAGGCCCCAUCUUCACCCCUUGUGGUGGUGGUGGUGGUUACUGAGAGGGUCCUUCCCCAGCAAAGACUGGAUAACUCUGCCUCCGCGACACCCUCUAGCAGCUGAAAUAAACUAUUUUUGUUUUUUUGUUGAA